AUGUCUCGGUCCCGCCCCACAAAGCCUUCCAAAUCAGUCAAAACAAAGCUCCAGAAGAAGAGCAGCCAGAUGAAGAAGAAGAUAUCAAAGCAGGCUGUCAAACAUGGGGCAUCAGGGAAGGCGCUGACCCCUGGAAAACUGAAGCAAUUAAUCAGAAGAAGAGAUGGUAAGAAGGAAACGGAAGUCAAAACCCCCACACUGCCGCAGAGUCUUCUGACGAGAGCUGGGGCUGCCCGGUUGAAUCAGGAUCGAAACCAAGUUCUUUUUCAGAACCCAGAGUCCUUAACUUGCAAUGGGUUUACAAUGGCUCUUCGGAGAACCUCUCUUAGCUGGCGACUCUCCCAACGCCCAGUAGUCACACCCAAACCUAAGAAAGUGCCACCUUCAAAGAAGCAGUGUGUACAUAAUGUCCAGGAUGAUCCAGGGGUAAAGCACUCCGGAAAUGAUUCAGGCCCCAGCCAAGAUGCUGUCAUGUCUCCAGAUACAGAAAACCUAACUGGUGAACAGAACAUGUGUUUAGUUGAAGGCGAGAGCCAAGAGAUAACCCAGUCUUGCUCUCAAACAGUAGAAGAUUCCCAAAGCUGUAUUUCUGAAUAUGGGAACCUUGAAGCCGGAAUUUCUUGGUCACUGGAAGGGACACACAGUGAAGGACUACUCUCUCAUCAGACAUCUAAUAAUGUGAGCAAUUCCCAUCCGGGGUGUGCUCCAUCGCCCCAAAGAUCAACUUCUGAAGUUACCUCUGAGAAAAAUGCCAGUGAUCAGUUUGUAGACUUGUGCUCACCAGUAGAGUCUCCCAAGCUGUCUGAUCCUUCUCAGAAUCCUAUGGGAAGCGAGCAUAAUUGCUUUCCUGACUCUAGUUUUAGGAUCGUUCCUGAAUUGGACCUUAAAACCUGCAUGUCUCUUGAUGAGUCUGUAUAUCCCACAGCUCUGAUAAAAUUCAUCUUGGCAGGCUCACAGCCGGAUGUCCUUGAUACUAAGUCCGAAGAAGAAACCCUUAAAACUACCCCAGAAAAAGUGGGUAGCCACCCAAAUCAAGUUGUGGAUGCCACCUCUAUCCUAGGACAGGCCUUUAGUACUCUCCCGCAUCAGUGGGGAUUUCCUGGUGCUAACUUAGUUCAUAGUGAGACCCUGGCCAAGGGCUCAGUCUCACCAGAGGAUCUUGGUGCUAUUACUAUGCUAAACCAACCAGAAACUCUGGGUAUGGAUAUGGAUGCUCCCCCGGACCUGCCUAUCUUCCUUCCUAUGCCUCCAAACACAGUUGCUACCUACAGUUGUCUUCUUUCAGGGCCUGAGCCCCACACCUCUGCUUCCUGUGGACUUGAAGUCCAAGGUGCUACCCCGAUUUUAACUUUGGACUCAGGACACACUCCCCAACCCCCACAAAACUCUGAGUUAAGUUCAGUACCUCUGGUAAUAGCUGCAAACAGUACACAAGCUGAGAAGCAGUUUGGUGCCAAUCUUUUCCCAGCAAACAUACAAGGGUUUACAAUUGCCCCUGAGAAUGAACUCCAGCAUGCUCCAUUAGAUCUUACUCAGGGCUCUCAUGCUGCUCCCAGCAAAUUGGAAGGAGGGAUUUCUCACGUUAGCAUGACCAGCUCAGCUGAUGAUGUCAAAGCCACAAUGAUGUCUAUGCCUGUUACACGAGCUAGUACCUCUUCUCUCCCAUGUAAAUCUAUGCCACCAACUGUGGAGAGGAGGAAGCGCAAGGCCUGUGGGGUCUGUGAGCCGUGCCAGCAGAAGGCCAACUGUGGGGAAUGCACCUACUGCAAGAACAGGAAGAAUAGCCACCAGAUCUGUAAGAAGAGGAAAUGCGAGGUGCUCAAAAAGAAGCCAGAGGCCACCUCACGGGUACAGGUUACAAAAGAAAACAAGAGGCCCCAGAGGGAAAAGAAGCCCAAAGUUUUAAAGACAGACUUUAACAACAAACCAGUAAAUGGCCCCAAAUCAGAGUCCAUGGACUACAGUAGACGUGGUCAUGGGGAAGAAGAGCAAAGGUUGGGUUUGUUCACACAUCCCCUUGAAAAUGUAAGGAAGAAUGCAGGAGGCAUGACGGGAAUUGAAGUGGAGAAGUGGACACCGAACAAGAAAUCACACUUAGCAGCUGGUCAAGUCAAAGGAAGCCGAGGUGCAAAUUUAGCUGGAGUUGAAAAUUCUCAACCCUCUGAAGAUGACAAGCAACAAACCAACCCUUCCCCGACAUUCGCACAGACUGUAAGAAACGGCAUGAAAAAUGUACACUGUUUGCCCACUGACACAGACCUUCCACUCAACAAAUUGAGUCAUGAGGAAUUUAGCAAGGUAUUGGGAAAUAAUUCCUCUAAAUUGCUGACUGAUCCCUCAGAUUGCAAGGAUGCCAUGAGUGACACUACCUCUAGGGAGGGGUGUGAUCAUCUCAAGGGGCCGAGGAACAUCGUGCUCUUCCAGAAGCCUGGCUUAAACUGCAGAUCUGGUGCAGAAUCCACCAUCUUUAAUAAUCACCCUGAUACACACAGUACUGGUAGCCAGCAUCAACCCCCUGAGAAGGUACCCAACAAAGAACCCAAAGAUGGCUCUCCAGUUCAGCCAAGUCUUUUAUCCCUAAUGAAAGACAGGAGAUUAACGCUGGAACAAGUAGUAGCCAUAGAAGCACUGACUCAGCUCUCAGAAGCUCCCUCAGAGAACUCCUCCCCAUCCAAGACAGAGAAGGAUGAAGAAACUGAUCAGAGAACAGCUAGCCUACUUAAUAGCUGCAAGGAUGUCCUUCAUUCAGUGAGAAAAGACUUCCAAGACCCGAAUGUUCAAGGAAAGAGUCUUCACCAUGACACUGUUGUCUUUAAUGGCCAGAACAGAGCGUUCAAGUCACCAGAUAGUUUUGCUACUAACCAAGCACUUAUAAAGUCACAUGAAUAUUCAAGGUCACCUACAGCUGGUAAAAGCAUUGCUAGUGGGAAAGCUCCCCUUGAUAGUUCUAAGAAUUCAUGUCCAUUACCAGAAGAAAGUCAAAAUCUUGAAAACUUCAGUCAGGUACUAAUCUGUGAUCAGAAUUUGAAUUCCCAUGAUCCAUCAUGCCAGGAUGCACCCUAUAGUCAAAUUGAAGAAGAUGUCGCAGCACAAUUAACCCAACUUGCAUCCACCAUUAAUCACAUCAACCCAGAGUUCAGGAAUGCUGAAAGUACACCAGAAAGCCUUGUUGCAAAGAACACACAGCAAAAACAUAGUCAGGAGAAACGCAUGGUACAACAGAAACCACCUUCAAGUAUACAAAAUAAACCUAUUGUACCAUCAACAAAGCCAAAGAAGACACAGAAAAAGGCAAGACCAACUCCAUACACAAGCAAGCGGAAAAAGAAAGCCCCAGCCCACAGCUCUCAAGAAAGUGAUCAGAAGAAGCAAGAGCGGCUAGCUAUAGAGUAUAGCAAGAUGCAUGACAUUUGGAUAUCAUCCCAGUUUCAGAGGUUUGGCCAGUCUGGUCCCCGUAGUCUUCCUGUUCUGUUGAGAAAUAUUCCCAUCUUUGACCAAAUAUUAAAGCCUGUGACUCAGAGUAAAACAUCCUCACACCCCAAUAAGUUAUUUCCUCCUAUCAAUCAGAUAAAAUUCACAAGAAACCCUGAAUUGGCAAAAGAGACAGUGAAGGUUGAACCAUCAGAUUCUCUGCCAACAUGCCAAUUCAAGAUGGAAUCCAGUGGGCAGGCAUUUUCAGAGCCGGCAGAUAAUUCUCAGGGACAGCCCAUGGUAAAUGUCGAUCAGAAAGCUCACCCUCUGCCCCAGUCCCCUCCAUCUAACCAGUGUGCUAAUAUAAUGGCUGGUGCUGCCCAAACACAUUUUCAUCUAGGCGCUCGAAAGAACCUGGUGCAUCAGAUUCCACCACCGACGUUGCCUGGUAUCUCUCCUGACCCACUCUUACCAGACCCAGCAUCAGCCCUCAGGAAAGGGAACGUGUUAAGUUCCAAUGGAAUUACAGUUGUCACCACAAAGCAUGAAGAAGCUCAAACAUCAAGCAAUGGCCCAUCGGAUCCCACCACAGACAGUGCACAGGCAGAUUUUAAUGGGAACGUCAUGGACUUCCUUAGCAUGCCUGCAAAAAAACUGAUAGCUGAAUUGAAGGAACAGGAAGCUGCAACCUGUCAAUGUGCUCGUCCUGAUGGAGGCCCACAAAAAGACAAAGGCCCGUAUUAUACACACCUUGGGGCAGGACCAAGUGUGGCUGCUGUCAGGGAGCUCAUGGAGACUAGGUAUGGCCAGAAGGGAAAAGCAAUCCGGAUUGAGAAGAUAGUGUUCACGGGGAAGGAAGGGAAGAGCUCUCAGGGCUGCCCGGUCGCCAAGUGGGUGAUUAGAAGAAGUGGUCCUGAAGAGAAGGUUAUUUGUUUGGUUCGUGAGCGUGUGGACCAUUACUGUUCAACGGCUGUGAUAGUUGUUCUUAUCCUCCUGUGGGAAGGUAUCCCUCGACUAAUGGCUGACCGCCUGUACAAGGAGCUCACUGAGAACUUGAGGUCCUACAGCGGACAUCCCACUGACCGAAGAUGUACCCUCAACAAAAAACGUACCUGCACCUGUCAAGGCACCAACCCAAAAACAUGCGGAGCGUCUUUCUCCUUUGGCUGUUCGUGGAGCAUGUAUUUCAACGGCUGUAAGUUUGGGAGAAGUGCAAACCCCAGAAAAUUCAGACUUGCUCCAAACUAUCCCUUACAUGACUACUAUAAGAGAAUUACUGGAAGGUGUUCUGAAGGAAGUGAUGUGAAAACUGGAUGGAUCAUUCCAGAACGAAAGACCCUCAUAAGCAGAGAGGAAAAACAGCUUGAGGAGAAUUUACAAGACUUGGCUACAGUAUUAGCUCCAGUUUAUAAGCAGAUGGCGCCAGUUGCUUAUCAAAAUCAGGUGGAAUAUGAAGACAUUGCUGGAGACUGUCGACUUGGUAAUGAAGAGGGGCGUCCUUUCUCUGGUGUCACCUGUUGCAUGGAUUUCUGUGCUCAUUCUCACAAGGACAUUCACAACAUGAACAAUGGAAGCACUGUGGUUUGUACAUUGAUUCGAGAAGAUGGCCGUGACAGAAGUGUUCCUGGGGAUGAGCAGCUACACGUCCUGCCACUAUACCGGCUUGCAGACACUGAUGAAUUUGGCUCCGUGGAAGGGAUGAAAGCCAAGAUCCAAUCUGGGGCCAUCCAAGUCAAUGGGCCAACCAGGAAGAGGCGACUGUGUUUCAGUGAGCCUGUUCCUCGAUGUGGGAAGAGGGCCAAGAUGAAGGAGAAGGACAAGAAAUCAGGUGCUACUGGCCUCAGCAAGAAGAGGAACUCUGCCUGCACAAAGGGAGCCCCAGGUUCGCACAACACUAAGAUCUAUUCAUCAGCCUCAUCUACUCCUCACCCAGUGAAAGAUGAAUCUACAGACUUCUGUCCCCUGCAGGCUUCCUCCACAGAAACAUCUACCUGUAUGUACAAUAAAACAGCCUCAGGUGGCUUUCCAGAAACAAGUAGCAUUCUCCACUGCACAAUGCCUUCUGGAGCACACAGUGGUGCUAAUGCAGCUCCUGGGGAAUGUACUGGAAUUGUGCAGACUGCUGCUGAAGUGGCUGCUCUUCCUCACCAAUCUCUUCCCAUAGCAGAUUCUCCCCUUCAUGCUGAGCCUCUCACAAGUCCACCUGAUCAUCUAACUUCUAACCAGUCAAACCAGCAGCUCCCUUUCCUCAGCUCUCCUCAGAAACUGGCUUCCUGUCAGGUGGAAGAUGAACGGCAUUCGGAAACAGAUGAGCCUCCUCAACCCGAGGAUGGUAACAUCCCUCAACUUGAUGAAUUUUGGUCAGACAGUGAGGAGAUCUAUAAUGAUCCUGCCUUUGGUGGCGUGGCGAUAGCACCCAUUCAUGGCUCAGUGCUGAUUGAGUGUGCCCGGAAAGAGCUUCAUGCUACCACCUCUUUGAGUUCUCCCAAACGAGAGGUCCCUUUUCGUGUGUCCCUUGUAUUCUACCAGCACAAAAAUCUAAAUAAGCCUAAUCACGGUUUUGAUAUCAACAGAAUUAAGUGUAAAUGUAAAAAAGUAACAAAAAAACCCCCCGCAGACAGGGAGGAUCCUGAUUUAUCUCCUGAAACCAAUUUAUCAUACCAAAUUCCUUCUCGAGUUGCAUCAACCUUAACCAGCGACAACGUUGUUACCGUGUCCCCUUAUGCUCUCACUCACGUCGCGGGACCCUACAACCGUUGGGUCUAAAGGCUUCUCUCCUGUAAUGCCUUUGCUAAUGUGGUGUAGUUUUUCCGGUGCUGUUCAAAAGAAAGUCAUUCUGUUGUUUACUGUUGCUUCAUUUCACCCAUUUCAACUCCGAGGUAAAAAUUUUAAAUAAAAGGGUGGGUACUUAACUGUGGUUAUAUUUUGAGAAUUAGUAGAAGGUGAACAUUUUCAGUAAAAAUAAAAUUUUUAUAGUUUUAAAUAUUUAAACAUCUUGGUUAGGUGUUGGCUGCGUUAGAACCACAGAGUCUGGUGCUUUAUUUCAUUUUAUUUAGUUUGCUAUUAAGAGGGUUUAUAACAGGUUUCUGCAAUAAGAUGUAAAAACCAAGAUGUAGUAUUAACUCUACACAACUCCUGGUGCUUUAACCACAUCAACAUGGUAGUAAUGACCUGAGUGAUUGUUUUCUGGUGCCAUUGUUCAUGCAUCUUCCAAUCAUUGCCAUCAUAUGUGCACUUUUCUUUGAAGUAAACCAAUGAAAUGCUUUUUCUCUUAAAACAUUUCUCCUAUAUAAAGUAAUUCUUUAUUCUAGUGAUGGUUGGAGGCUGUUUGCUAACUGUAAAUAUUUUAAAAAGCACUUUCUAUUUUUAAGAGUAACUUGAAAUAGUAUAUAGCAGAAUCCUAAUGUCUGUUACGUGUGCGUAUUUGAAUACCAGAGAAGUCGUUUGUUCUUGCCCUGUACAGUCCCAUCCCAUUACCCUCAGCCUGUACACAAAUCACAUAUGACCUUGGUUCUUUACUUAUAGAAUAGAGAAUCUCUAAAAAAUUGAAAAUACAAAAUGCCAGCAAUAUCAAUUUCCCCUUUUUAAUUAGAAAAAAAUUGUCUUCUGAAGUCGCCUCCCGAAUUAAGUAUAUGACCUAUGACAGGUACUUUGAAAGGGAAAGGGAACAAAUUGGGAUCAGUCAAAGAUUCCCAGUGUUUCAAGAUCAGAACAUAAGUAACAUGUUCUUCCCAAAUGAGAAGGACAUAUUCUGUAGAGAUAAUCGAGGGGACAAGCUUGCAUUAGCAUUGUCACCCUUACCCUGGAGUCCCAUGGUAGUAUUGAGAGCCAAAUUAUUCAUUAAUCUUACUCUAUUGUGUUUAGGAAAAUGGGAAUCCUAACUUCUUGAGUAAUCCUCUAUUUUGAAGGCCACAGAUAAAAUCAGCAUCCUAAUUAUUUUAGUGUUCCAUUGUUUUGCCCAUUGUUUAAUUGACUUAUUUAUAUAUCAAGAAUGAUUUCCCCAAACAAAAACGUCUAAAACCAAGAGACCUUUCAGUGAGAUCCAAGUGCACAGGUGCUACUGACACUCAUGGGGUCGGAUUCUUUGGAUCUGGAUAAGGAUUCCUGUACCUCAGGAACCCUCAUGGUGCUUCUCAGAGAGGCCACAAGAAGCCCACAACUACCACAAUCUUGGUGCAAAUGUAAACAGCUGCAGUGAGCUCUCUAGAGAAUAACUUAUUAAAAAUGACACAUGGUGCAAAGUGUCAGUUUCUGACCGAGGCAGAUUUAGGAAGAGGAAGGGAUUGUAAAUAAGACAUGUCCACUGACAUUCCAUCGUGUCCAAGGAGGCAGAUGCUCCUGGGAUAAAGACAACUUUUGAUCUGAUUUAGUGUUUUGCGUGCCUUAGAUUUCCAUUUAUAAACAUUUUUAAGCCUAGGGUUUCUUACGUAGGUAUGUAAGUGUGAUCAUUUAUUGCUUGAUCUGCUUCAGUUAGGUAUUUAUUAGCGUAGAUCACUAGAAAUUAACCUUGGAGGUCUCAGACCUCAGCUAGAAAUCCUUUUCUUGCCAUUACAGGAUAGAAUCUUCUCCUCCUGCUUUUAUUUGUCCAUUCAUCUGUCCAUCUUUCCAAGGCACAUUUCAUUUAAUGCUUCUCAAUUUGAUUGGUUUGUUUUUCCUUGAAUUACCUCUUAUAAUACAGACUAAUAAAGGAUGCUUGGAAUUACUUUCAAAGGACAUCACAAAUUAUCUAUAAAUGAAGAGUUACAGUAAUAUGUAGUCAAGCUGAUGUGUCUUUUUUGAUAAGGUCAUGUUCUUGGUUGCAUACACCAAUGUUGAUGAAUGGGACUGUUGGGGUUUAUGAAUUUAGUUGAACUUUGGCAAAAUAAGUACACGAAGCUAAUCAGUUUCAACAAAAAUGUUGUCAUUCCAUUGUUAAGGUUAACAUUAGAGAUGGAGUGCCUCAACCAACAGCCCUCUGUGGGAACUUCAUUCUAUUACGUUCAUGGUCUCUCUGAUGUGCUUUGUGGACAUCCUGUGCUUUGUUGAUGUUCUACUGCACUGUCUGAUGGCUAUACACUGCUUUAAGAAUGGUCUUUCUUUUUUUUUUUUUCUUUUUUCUUUUUUCUUUUUUUCGGAGCUGGGGAGCGCUCUACCACUGAGCUAAAUCUCCAACCCCAAGAAUGGUCUUUCUUAAGAAACAAAAUAAAUUGGUUGGAGAUGACAGUCACUUAUCCAACUCAUCCAUCUAACAGUCUUUCUACACCUCUACUGUUUUAUUAUAAUUAGAUUCCAUUCCUUUUACCUCAUUUGUGGAGCUCUAGUUAAGACUGUUGUUCAUGGUGCGAACAUUGGGUACAUUGUAUAUGACUUCCAUGGUCGCCCUGGUGAUGCUAUGAUCUUGCCUACUAUAGAAUUAUACAUCACCUGCCCUCUCAAAAAUCCAUUUUUGGUGGGUUUACGUUUUAUGAAACUGGAUCUCUAUGUAGUUCUGGCUGUCCUGGAACUCUUGUGGCAGACCAAGCUAGCUAGCCCAGCCUAGAAUUCACAGAGCUAUCUCCCUGCUCCUGCCUCUGUGCUGGGAUUAAAGUUGUACUCCAGCUCCCUCUUAGCUGUUUUGUUGUUCUUGUGUUUGUUGGCCUUGCAUAUGUCCUGUUUCCAAUUCUCUACAAAGUACCUAGGAAGGCCAGGUACCAAAGAGACCGUGUUACAAACUUCAUUGAAAUCUAUUGUUGGGACUUGAGGCUAAUAGAGGCCAAUUUUUGGAACAAGUCCACAUCUUAAAUUAUUUCCCAAACAAAGUCAUUGCAUUUGUGAGACACAGAACUUCAUUAGGUGAAAGCUGUAAGCUAUUCACUUACAUUCAUUCCAUUACAUAGUUAACUGAAUGGCUAUUCUUCUGUAAAUGAUAUACUGACUUAAUUCACAUGAAGUAACCUACUUCUCAUUAUCAUUUCACAGUAGCAUGUACAAAACUAACCCCAAACUAGUCAUAUUAUAUAUAUAUAAUGAGACUCUGUGUGGGAUGAAGCUAUCAAGUCAAGACAUGACAUGACAUCUUCUAUCAAUUGUGGGUGCAUUUACCUUUGUGCCAAACAAGUAGGUGUAUGCAGUCUUUAACAGGAAGCUACCCUGAGUUUCACUCCUCAGUGCGUGGGAAUCUUUGAGUCUAGAUUUAAUACAACUGAGUUUCAUCUUUACUACACAUUUACGACAAGAAUUAUUAUGAUAAAGGAUAAUGUGGUGACUACUGCUGCACCAGAAGUCUCCUCAGAAGGCAGUGCUCAAUCCCUGAGCUCUCAGGACGGAAGGCACCUAUCAAGUUUAACAGCUUGAGGGCCACUCUGUUCUCAGAACUGGAUAAAACAAACUUUUCUCACACAGAGAGGAUUGUAGUACCGAGAAUUCUCUUGAUUUUUGUGCAAGUCAAACAUAAACAGCUUUCUGUCCUCUGGUGAGGUUCAGAACAAGAAAGGUAAUGUUGAGAUUAGGUCAAGAUUCCCUUGACUGUCUAUCCUAGGCUUUGCCAGGAGAACCUAUGACAUUAACCUAGUAACUCUUUCCUAUGCACAUGGCAAUCCUUGUUUCUGUCAUUCCCUCUGGAACCCAGUAUUAGGAAUACACAAGGAGUUCUUGAGGGCUGGCUGAGGAAACCAUUGAAGAAAGCAUGUCUUUGUAUAUACUCUGUAGCUGUGGUUACACUCCCUUGCUGCCCCUCCUCGACUUCAGUACUGAUGCGGCCGUCAUCAUAAAUGGAACCGCUGCUUUAUUACUUCUAUGUGCUGCUCACUUUGGCAUAUUUAGCCAUGUGGUAUGGUCAUUGCUUAGUGGUUUGAGAUGACUAAGUUUUUUUUUUCAAUGAAAUGAGUGUUUCAUACUGUAUUUCUCAUAGCAUUAGAAAAUUGUGAAGACCAUUUAGAUAGUCACUGUGUCUUCCCACUUGACCUGAUUUUCUUCAAAAUCGUUAAGAUUCCUAAGCAUUUCUCUUUUGUUUUAUUUUUCAUUUGGUUGGUUGGUUUUGUCUUUAUAUAAUAGAAAUUGGGCUUCUAUUAAAUUGUGAGACUGGACUUAAGAGUCUCAUGGUGGUAUAUAGCACAGUCUUGAACUAUGGCCAAGAAUGUUGAGAACUUCUUUUUCCCUUUCUUUCCUUCUGAAACUGGGUGUCACUAUACACACCUGGCCAGGUGACAUGGACUGAUCUGGCCUUGAACCUGUAGUGGUUGCUUCUGCCUCUGACUGUACCACACCUGGUUUUUCUGGUGCUGGGAUUGAACCAGAUUUUUUUGUAUCAGGUAAACACCAUCAACAUUCUCCCAUCCUAGACCUUGGGUUUCCUUGGUAAGGAGUCAUCAUUCGUGUUUACAUUCAGCUCUAGAAAAUCUUAGCAUGUUGCCAAAUCCUUUCCUGAAAUUCCUGGUUCAGAUGAUCUCUUUUAAUUGCUAGGGUAUAGACACAGGGCUCCCUACUCAGCUAAUUGUAUUGUUAGCCCCAGUUCUUUUCCCGGAUAACCUAUAUGCUCAAACUAUGUGUUAGUCAUAAUCUCUCACGUUGACCCUGAGAUCCCAGUGCUCAAAAUUACUUUGUUGCAGUCUGCAAUGUUUCUAGCUUCAAAAUUAAAAGGUUAACAAUUUCUUCAUUCCUUUUCUACAUUUGGAUUUCCUUAUGAUUAAAAAUCUGCUGUUGUCUUGUGUGUGCAUCCUGGUCCCACCGCUCAGGUCAUCCCUUACGCAAAUGUAUCUGGUUCACUCACGUUUUCCAUUCUGCUUUCUUUUGAGACAUCAGACUGGCUUUUGCCUCAGCAUCUUGGCUUAUCUUUUAAAACCACAUGUCACAAAGUCUAACAACCCGCUUGACUCAAGUGUGUGAUCCCAACUGCUUGAGAGACAGAUGUGGGAUGAUAGAAGGAAAAGGAACACCAGUGGGGUGCAGAGCUGCCAUAGAGUUUGUGACAUGGUGCUUGCCAAGCUUGCUGGAAGCCACCUGGGUCCAAUCCCUAGUACUACAGAAAGAACCAUUCUCUCUGGCUUUCCUAUCUCCAGCUACUAAAAUUCAAACCUGCCAGGCAGUUUUAGUCACUGGAUCUUAUAUGUAGAUGGACUUUCUUUCCCUUAUCCUCAUUUUCUACCUUUUGUAGAAACAAAUACCUAUAUCUACCAACAAUCUCAUUCUGUUGAUGGGAACCUGUUUCCUAAGGUAAAUUUACUGUAGAAGUUCUUUAGCUGUACUGGUAUCUUAAUAAUGGCCCUGAUAUACUGGAACUAGGAUCUUGUCUUAAAUCCCUGCUCAGACAAUAGAGCCCCACAUCCUUACACACAAUCUGGUUGCAAACGUAAGUCAUUGGUGAUGAGCCACCAGAAGCUCUGGUGAGGAAGGAUUAAUACUUCUCGUCUGCCCUCUUCUAAUUUUAACUGAAAAUAGAUGUUAAAAAUAGGUAAUAUUUUGACACUAAAUAGGACGUGAAUGAAAAAACAAAAAAAGCUUAGCAUCUCUCCCUAAGUGUGGUAUGUACACUUGUAAUUCCAGGCCAUGGGGAGGCAGGAGCAGUAGGAUGGUAUCCUGUCUUCAGAGUGCUUUGUGCAACGUCUCACCAGCUCUGAAGUCAAAAAGCAGUUCCCUUUGACAGACAAGCUGCCAGCAAGAAUAGCCAGUAGCUUGCUCCAUGUCACACAGCAAGUCAAGUAAUAUGAAUGAAACGAUGUAUGUUUUGCCUGCAUGUAUGCAUUUGCCAUGUGUGUUUACCGAAUAGAGCUAAUAGAAAAACAGAAACCUUACAAGCCUGUUUCUCAGCUAGCUUCAUUUCCAUUGUUUAGCCAGCUGUUGUGCUAUUAAAGAUCUGUUGCAAAGCUUAGGUUUAUGGUGCGUGUGUGUGUGUGUGUGUGUGUGUGUGUGUGUGUGUGUACACACGUGUGCGCUUUACUUGGCCUAGAAGAUGCUGUUCUGCACCUAACCCAGGUUGCUACAGUUCUAGGUCAGGGAUUGCUCUUCUCUGCUCAGUGAUAAAAAGCAUAGGGAUAAAUAUCCCUUUACCAUUAAUAGGAAGACUUUUUCCACCAAGUAAUUUUCUAAAUAGGACUUUUAAUGCCCCUCAUGAUCAAAGUUUAAUAUAUUUAAAUAUGUUGAAAUGAAGGUUUCUUGAAGAAGAUGGUGCUAGCUGAACAAUUUUAGUUCCUAGCCCCUCAUUAUAAAUAUGCAAAAUUAUUGGUAACAGGUUUUAUUGUCUCUGGAUUAUAUCUUUUGUUGGGUGUUAUUCAUUUUGUUUUGGAGAGUGUCUGUGUGUGUGUGUGUGUGUGUGUGUGUGUGUGUGUGUUCCCUCUGCUUCGCUUGUAGCCAUAAAUCUUUAGAGCAGGUAUACCUAGAGUUAAGAAUGCUGACAUGUAUUUGUGAAGUUUCUAGUAAUCUGUCUAGAGGUUACUUUAACAGCCUCUCUAUGAGGUAGUAUAUUUUGACUAUAGUGAUACAUUCUUUGGCACAAAUAUAAGGGGAACAGGCCAAAGAACCUUGAAUAUUCAGUGUGGCCUCCUCUUAUGUUGGUGAGUCUUCUUUCCAACAUCUCUUUGUGCUGUGAUAAAAUGGCUGAUUGACUAUAUUUGACUUUACAAACACAGCUCAUAGGAAAGAUUAAAUAUUUUUAUUGCAAUGUAUGGUCAUAUUUUUUUUAGCUUUAUGGAGUUAACAUUGUGAUAGGUGCUUUAAGAGAAAUAUUUUUCCAGAAAUGGUUUUAUAGCUAAACUUUGGGCAGCUUUUGCAUUGUGAUGUGUGGGUCGAUGGUUAUAUUUGGGUUACUAGGAAACCAUGAAGUGUUCCCUAUGGGGAUAGCUGUACGAAGCCAUGGCAGAGAAAUCAGCGGGUGAAUCCUGAGUUGACUCAUGUUUCUCUCAUAGAGUGAUCUAGCAUAUAAAUUAACACGUGUGGCAUUAACUUGGUUUACAGGAACCAGCAAAAUGUUUAGUGUUGGUGGGAGUAGGACAUUAGUUCACAUUCCUCACCACGUACAGUAGUGGUGAAUCGGGGUUCUGAGUCUCCUUGUGAAGGCACCCCUUUCCACCCAGCCCCUGGAAGAUGCUCACUGUUAAUUUUGACUGUUACCAUCCCACUGUCGCAUCUCAGUAAUUAAAGGUUUUUAUCUUAAAUAAUGCUGUCAAAAUUAAAAACAAACAAACAAAAACAGUUUAGUUCUUCACUUAUGAGGGAAACAGUUAAGCAAAGCACUUUGCCACAUUAAAGGGAAAGAAAAUCCUAUAAUGGUCGUUUCAAUACAUAGUCAAUAUUGAGUCCUCUGCACAGAACGGAACACUUCGUAGCAGUACUUGAAUACUUGUGAGUUGGAAUUGCAUGUUACUUGAAAGAUCUAAUUAAGCUAAAUUUUGGUGCACAGCAGUUGUACAUGAUUUCAUGUUUAUGUAGCAAAAUACAUUGAAAUGUACUAGUAUUGAAACAUAAAUGUAAAAAUAGUUGUGGAAAUUGUCUUAUUUUCCUUAUGUCUCAUUUGUUUUAAGCAUAAAUUUUCUUUUAAAAAAUUCUAACUAAGGAUAAAUGAAUACUGUAAUUGAAGAUAUAUUUUAAAUCUUUGUCAUGUUUUUUUUUAAAGCUAUUGCAAAUUGUAUCAUUCCUGAUUAUAUAGAACUUUGUGGGUGGUAUAAAAUAAAUUUUAUACUUCUA